AUGGGGCUCUGUUUCAGCAAGAAGCAGCAGGACAAGCCACCGCCGCCGCAGCCGCAGCCGAGCGCCCCUGCGGCCACCACCAAGCCCAAGAAGCCUGCCAAGGUCGCCGCAGCCGCGGUGGUCGCCGGCGAUGAGAAGGCCAAGAAGGCGCCGCAGCCGAGGAGGGCGUCCAACGCGGACGAGUCUGCCGCGGCCGGCAAGAAGGCGGCGCCGAUCGUCGUGAAGGCCAACAAGGCGGCCGCGGGCGGGGAGGAGGAGAAGAAGGUGGAGCAGGCGAGGCCGGUGGUGGUGGUGGCCAAGGGGCCGAUGCCGGUGCGCACGUCCAGCUGCACCAAGGAGGAGGUGGACGCCAUCCUCAUCCAGUGCGGCCGCCUCAGCCGGAGCUCGUCCGGGAGCGAGACGAGGGGCGGGCACCGCUCCAAGAGGAGCUCCGACUUUGAUCCGUCCGGGGCCGGAGGCGCGGACGAGGAGGGCGACUGGGAGAGGAACGGGGUCCCCGUGUCCAGGCCGUCGCCCCACCGGGGCUCGCCGCAGAGGAAGCGCUCGGGGAGCCGGGAGAGGACCGGCGGAGGGAGCCGCAGGUCCAGCCGAUCGCCCGGACGGCGUGGGGAGGGCGGCGCGCCCUCUGCGACCUCGGCGGGCUCCGGCGCUGCCAGACAGCAGCCGGGAAAGAUGGUCUCCGUUCCGGCGAGGGAGAAGGGCCGCGCACCGUCGCCCGCGGCCGCGUCCGGGAAGAGGUGCGCGUCUCCGCGAUCGAGCUCGCCUGCGAGGGUGGCCGCGGCCAAUGAGAAUGCUGGAGGGGGACAGAAGACGGCGGGGCAAACGCCGGCGCUGAGCCGGAGCUCGUCAAGGAAGGCCGAGCAGUCGCCGCUCCGGCGCAGCCCCAUGGCCGAGAUCGACGAGAAUUCCCUCCGCAAUAACAACAGCAGCACCAAUACCAAGACCCAGAAGAAAUCGACUGAGAUUACUGUCGCCACCCCGACCCGGAAGACCACGGAGCGCGCAAAGGAGCAGAGUUCUCAGAAAGAGAAGGCGGAGGAGACCAUGGUUGCGGUGUCAGAGACUAGAGCGCCUUCGUCCAAGACCACCGAGACGCGCACGGUGAGCAUCGUGGCCGAGACCCCAGGCCGGAGGUCAGGCCGCCGUUCGCGCCGGGCGUCAUGCGACUUCGACCAGAACCCCGGCUUGUACGCCAGCCAUCUCCUCGAGGACAUCCAGAACUACCACACCUCCGCUACGGCCACCCCCGGAACGCCGCCAUCCUUCACGCUACCGGCCUGCGUCUCCAAGGCGCAGUCCAUCGUCGACGCCGUCGCCGACCUCAACUCCUCAUCGUCAGAGAGCCGCACCUGCGAGCCCGAUCGGAGCGUCGACGACAAGGCCUCUGUCAACGCGGCGGCCGGCGGGGAUGACCUUGACGCGCCGAGCGUGCACAGGUACGUGUCGGUGCGGGACAUCCGUGGCCGCGGGGAGAUGGAGCUGCAGGAGUCCGCGGGGAGCAACAGCCUCUCCGGCAACCUGUGGACGCCGUCGUGCGAGUCCACGGACCGGACGUGGAGCGGCUCGCGGUCGUCGAACAACGGCGACGAGGUCGUCGAGCAGGUCCCUAGCCACCACAGUGGCGCGCGCAGCCCGGUGAACCGGCCCAGGCAGAGCAAGCAGAGGGCGGCUGCGCAGCUGGAGCCAAGCGGCCGGUCGCGCGCCGGCAACUCCGGCGUCAAUGCUCACCGUGGACGCAGCGCUCACCGCGGCAGCGGCAGCGUGGCGAGCGGCCGAUCGGGCGUCCGUGGCGUCUCGGCGAGCACGUAG